CUGGGCCGCUGCGACGGGCUCCAAGUUCCCUCCCCAGCUCUCCGGCGGAGCCUGCCUGAGCCCGCCCCUCUGUGCUGAGGUGCAAACGCGGCGGCGGUCAGCCCAGCCCUCCGUUGCCGCGCGGUCUAGGCCCGUUCGGCCCCUGGGGUCCACUCGGAUCCGGCGGUGAGGACUCGGCGGCCGCUUCACGUCGGCCUGCAGUGCCCCGCGGGGCCCAAGCUCCUCCUCGCGGUCUCCGGAGCCUGGUGCCGGGCCUGGCCGCCUUGCAGGGGCGGGAGCGCGGCGAAGAAAUCCCCGAGCUAGACACUGAGAAUAUCAUCCCUGCUUUUCAGAGUCUUGAAUUGAAAGCUGCCAGGACUCCAUGGCCUAGAAGGGAAAUAAAAGAUAUUUCCUGCUGCAGAGCGCACUUUAAGCAAGGAAGGCUUUCUUUGGCUUCUGCCUGCAUUCCAUAAAAUACUCAUUGCCUUUUCGGCUUAUUCUGUCACUGUACUGAGGAGCACGGUCAAGCAUUCUGAGUAAAAGGACCUGAGUGGUCGAUUCCUGAGUCUUUCUGUCAGCAAGGCUCUAUUCUAUUCUCCCGUUUGAAGGAUUGUCUGAGCAAAAAAAACUCUGCCUGCAGUUAAGCACAAAGACCUGAAGGAGACUCCCACAGCCUUGAGGGAGAAGAAAGGAGGCAGCCAAGCCGAUUAAAAGGAACUUGUGGCUUGUGGCCUUUUUGUGCAGGGGCCGCCUGGAGGGAGAGAAAAGUGCGCUGAAGCCAGGGCGGCAGUUAGUGAGGUGUGAGAUGAGGAGCAGCUGCGGCUGACACCGCUUCCAGUAUCCUUCGUCUGCCCUUUGUGCUUCGUGUACAUGUGUCUGUUCAGGCCGGCCGGAGGCGCCCAGAAGAGCAUCCACCACGGCUGCCGGGGAAAGACCGCCCACCAUGCCCACGGAGACGCUACAGACAGGUAGCAUGGUGAAGCCGGUCAGCCCCGCGGGCACCUUCACGUCCGCGGUGCCCCUGCGCAUCCUGAACAAAGGACCCGACUACUUCCGCAGGCAGGCCGAGCCCAACCCCAAGAGACUCAGUGCAGUGGAGCGGCUGGAGGCUGACAAGGCCAAGUACGUCAAGAGCCAGGAGGUGAUCAACGCCAAGCAGGAGCCGGUGAAGCCGGCUGUGCUGGCCAAGCCCCCGGUGUGCCCAGGAGCCAAGCGCACACUGGGCAGCCCCACUCUCAAGGUGUUUGGCAACCAUGCCAAGACCGAGAGCGGUGUGCAACGUGAGACCCUCAAACUCGAGAUCCUCAAGAACAUCAUCAAUAGCUCCGAGGGCUCCAGCUCCGGCUCUGGCCACAAGCACAGCUCUCGAAACUGGCCUCCUCACAGGGACGCCACUGACCUGCACCGGCACUCCUUCGCUGAGUCGCUGAAGGUAUACCCUACACCUGGGCGAGGUAGCCCACAGGAGAGCAGCUCCCACGUGAGCAGGAGACUGCUGGAGCAGUCGGCAGACUCUUUCCUGCAUGUCUCACACAGUUCCUCAGACAUCCGCAAAGUGACCAGCGUGAAGCCCCUUAAAGCCAUCCCCUGCAGCAGUUCUGCCCCUCCCUUGCCUCCCAAGCCCAAGGUGGCAGCCACGAAGUCCCCUGAGGCUGACCAGGUGGAACCAGCCUGUGGGGUCAGCCGGAGACCUUCCCUUCAACGAUCCAAGUCAGACUUGAGUGACAGGUAUUUCCGAGUAGACGCGGACGUGGAGAGGUUCUUCAACUACUGCGGACUGGACCCGGAAGAGCUGGAGAACCUUGGCAUGGAGAACUUUGCAAGGGCUAACUCUGACAUCAUAUCCCUCAACUUCCGCAGCGCAAGCAUGAUCAGCUCAGACUGUGAACAGUCUCAGGACAGUAACAGUGACCUUAGAAAUGAUGACAGUGCCAAUGACCGGGUGCCAUAUGGCAUUUCUGCCAUCGAGAGAAAUGCUAGAAUCAUCAAGUGGCUGUAUAGCAUCAAACAGGCUAGGGAGUCGCAGAAGGUGUCCCAUGUGUAAGGGGCUUUAGUGGCGGAAAGGAGGGAGGGGUGGGUCUGUCUGUGCAUACACAGUUGUGAAGGUUGUGAGGUCUCCUUGAAGUGUUGUGAGCUUCUCCACUCUUUGUGUUGCUUCUUGUGCAAUGUUCUCAAGUUGCAUGCCUGUCAACAUGGCGCCUGGCCUGGCUUCCUCCUCACCUCUCUGCAGAGUCUUGCUGAAUACUCAUCUGCCAAAAGUUUUCCAGCCAGAAUCUGACUGCCUAGGGCUUUGCUCUUAAGCAAAACUGUUUACAGGAGGGAAAAAAAAAAGUUUUCAAUUUCUUCAAUAUUUAUGUGGUUCUUGUGUUUUUAUACCCCGCACUGUUGUGUCUUAAUUAAAAGUUUUAUCAACUGGCUUUUAAGUUGAACACAGAAUCUUUUUGAAAUAAAAAGCCACUUUGCCUAAAUGGGAGAUCAUAACACUGGGAAAUGGAUGAGACACUCUGCUCCUGGAGAAGACGGACAGAACAGAGAACCAGGCUAGAGUUUGUUUCUGUGGAAUCCAGCGGUGGGCCUCGCCCAGGUUUUGCCAUUCUCUUGCCACUUAGUGGAGCGUUCUGGGGCAACAGUGUGGUCUUGCGUCCAAUUUAGUGUAUAUGUCAGUGGUAUUUUUGUAGUGGAAGACAAUCAAACAAAACCCACGAUAAGCAAAUGCAGGAGGUUCAAUACUGGGGGGGGGGGGGACUGU